AUGUCGGUUGAGGAGGCAUCGCAAAGGCAGGAACAAUUGAGUGGGUCUAAGCAGGAAGUGCCUAUGGAGAGUAAAGAUGAGGGAUGUGUUGUAGACGGUAAGGAGCAAUCACAAGAGAAAGAAGGUCAAAAUGUUUUAGAUGAUCAAUUGAAAGGACUUUCAAUAGAGGACAAUAUUGAACUCAAGGGACCACCCAAAUUAAGUAGAGAGGAGAAAUACACUCUUCAAGUGGAAGCUGAUGCACGUUCUAUCUUUGUUGGUAAUAUAUCUCCUGAUGUCACUCCUGAAAUUAUAGAAGAACAUUUCGCAGAGUGUGGAGAGAUUAAGAGAAUUACUCUUCUUCAUGAUAAGCACACUGGGGUUCCUAAAGGUUACGCAUAUGUUCAAUUUGAAUCAUCUGAGGUACAGGAGAACGCAUUAAAACUAAAUGGUACAGAAUUGAAGGGGAACAAAAUAAAUGUUUACAAAAAGAGAACGAAUUUACCUGGUUAUCAUAGAUAUUCUCAAGACCAAAGGCCGGUUUAUUACCCAAACCAAUGGGGAUACACUUAUACUGGAUUUCCUGACUUUAAGGGUAUGAAUUUUUUUCCACCUUAUCCUUUCCAACCUGAUCAGCGCAAGCAUUUUGGUGGUUUUAACUAUUCCUAUAGAGGCAAACAGAGGAACAAUUAUCGGGGAGGAAGAAGAGGUAAUGGUGCAAGACAUUUCCAUAAGUAUGAAGGCCGUCCUCGUCAAAAUGACCAAAGACAAGACGUGGAUCAACAACAGAUCUUAGAGAACGGUGAACAGUUUUCAUCAAAUGAAAAUCCAUCCGACGAGCAACCCAGAAAAGAAUUAAAAGACUCUGAUGGCGCUCAAACAUUAAAUUAG